UUAAUUCCGGAAGAUGGCAGUAACGCAACAGCAAUGACGCGAGCUGACUCCAGCCCUCAAUAAGGGUAGAAGAAGCUAAACCUGACUCGAGUGCGACUGUGGGGAAAAACACACUAACUUUGUACUUAAUCCUGGAUGCCGGCAUUAACGGAUAUUUGUUUUCAAGAAAAGCGCGUAUUGUUAAGGCCGACAUGAGCAGCUUCAGUAGACCGGAGAGACACAGGACACCAUCAUUCACCAAGGCAGCACACUUUGGAGCAUCAAAGUCUGACCUGGGGAGAGAUUCUGGCUUCUCGGACGCCAGCUCCGAGCACCUCAGUACAGUCGAUCUGACUGACUCUGAAGACGCAGGGAGAAAUGGUUUCAUGGUUGGCCACGACCCGCUUGCUCCGCAGGUGGCCGUGAUGAGAGGCUCCUGUGCUGGACUAUCGCCAAUGAUCAUCAUGAACAACUUUGUAUUGAAGCAGCCGUCCCAGAUGUCUCCCCCUGAAAAACAGUGGAGCUUUCCUUCACCCUUGGAUAUCCUGCCCCAGUCACAGAUGGUUCUCCUCCAAACCGUGGUAUCGAAUAGUAGCAGCAGCUGCUCGAGCACCAAUUCUGAAAAUACCCAACCAUCAAAAAGCUGCGUGCCCGUCCUUAAGUCGUAUCCCAAAAUCGCCCCGCACCCGUCAGACGUGCCCGCCAAGAGGGCGGGAUCCUCCAAGGUGAGGUUUGGUUUGUCGUCGGGACGUGACCAGCGUCAUAAGAGGCCCCGCCACGGCCACAGGCUCCACAGCUCGGCCAGCCUGCAGCCGGCGCCGCGGACUGAAAUCAAAUCCGUCCCAAACUCUGAAGCGGCCGCCGGCCAGUCGCAGGCGGCCCACGGUCAAGGCGACGACGGGUCCGUUUUGAAGCUGGCAGGCAGCAGCUCUGCGCUGCCCAACACAGACGAAUUCCCGGGAAACAGUGACGGCAGCGACCAGGAUGCCGACCAGGACGACGCUUUCUCCAUGGACGUCAACAAACUGAAACGUUUCAGCAACACCUACAACGUUCUUAACAAAUCGGGCCUGCUGGGGAUCACCAUGCGCACAAAGCAGCUGAUCAAGGAGAACAAGCGCACACAAGGCCAGCUGAGGGAGCUGCGGGAGCAAACGGUUCUGCUGCUGGAGGCUCAGAGCAGCGGAGAUCCGCAUCUGUGGACUAAGCUGCAGCUCUCGCUGCAGCACACGGACAAGGAGUAACGCGGAGCCAAAGCUCAGAGAGUCCUCGUGUAAGAUCAGCGCGGAUCGGAGGGUCACAAGAGGAUUCGUUGAAUGUUAAAAUAUACAUCGGAAAUCCAUGCGAUUAAAGCUGUGUAAAGUACUCUAUGUACAAUAUUUGGCUUUAUAGAUAAACAAACAGUAACUUAGUAGUAAACUAUGCUUUGACGCUUUUCAGGCAGGGCAGUAAGAAGCGUCGGCACAUUCAGGACAGCUGCUCUUUAUUGAGAUCUUGGAUGAAAGAAAAAUACCUUGUCCUUUCAUUUUGUUUUUGAAUCGGAAGGUAAAUUGAUGUAAAUGAGGAGAUUACACCGUAGUGAGGAAGUACAUAUAUACCGACAGCUUGUAUUCUCAACCGUCAGCCUGGUGGCUCGGUGAGAGAUCAGAGAUCAGAUUUGUUGUUAAUCGAUCGGGCCAUUAUUCAUUUGUGAUACUUUGUCAAACCCAAGACUAAAGCUGUAUGAACACCCCAAGCACAUUAUAAGGAGUUCUCUGGUAAACCACGUUUCUUAUAUCGGUCUACUUAACAUAACAGACUGUAACAAGUGCUGCAGCCAUACAUUUUGACUUUGCAUAUGUUGCUGCCAUGUUUAGAUUAAAGCGUCCAGGCAAGGAAAAUGCAACAAUUGUUUUAUAUUUCCAACACUUGCACUUUAGUUCCAAGAAUGCUGACAACUUUUUCAGACAAAUGUUACAGCUUCUUUUGUGAGAUGAAAAUAAUGAACCAAUGUGAGUAUACAUGUUUAUUUCGA